GAAGACAAACUUCCAAUAUUGAAAAUUCCGUUCCUCUUAGGGGUUAUCCCUCUAGUUUUCUCAAUACGGCGUUAGAAGGACAAACUUCCAAUAUUGAAAAUUCCGUUCCUCUUAGGAGCUACCCCUCUCAAGCUAUUUUUUAUGAUCAAUACGGACAGCCAUUAUAUCAUCUUAAUAUUGAUCUCGCUUCUUGGAUGUUAUUGAAUCUGCUAGCUCUUAACUUUUCUAAUCAUAAAUAUUUUUAUUUCUUUACUGCUGUUUUUAAUCCAGUUCAAAUGCCAAAUGAUUAUCAAGGCGCGCAUUAUAAUGAAACAUCAUCAAACUUACAAG